CAGAUCGUGACGAGCCGAGAUGUGUGGGAUUCCUUGCCCACCUGGAGCUGAUCUGAAAUCCUGAAAGGGGCUCCAUCCCACUCAUCUCCACCAGAGCCCACUCAGCAGUGAGCCGGACAAAUUUAGCAAGUGAUAAAAUUUGUCGUCUCCGGAGUUCAUUUUUCCCAUCGGCCCUGAAGGCGGCGCCUCUGAGUCCGCCUCUGCGAUCCUGCAGGGAGGCUCGGAGCGGCCGCUGACUGGCUGCGUGGGGAGCCGGUGUGGGCGAAGCGGAGGACUCUCCUAUAAAACCCGGGAUCCCACGAACAGACGCGCUCGUCUCUCCCAGGCAAGAGUCGUGUUUCCCUGCCUAGCAGCUGCUUCGUCCCCCCCGCUACAGCUCGGAAAGGAACCGAGAAUCCCCACGCAGCUUCCACAGAAAAGAGAGCUCCGUAUAUGGUUGUGACUGACGCUCCAGCAAGGAUGUCCCGGACCGACGAAGUGCACCGCAUUACGGAGAAUGUCUACAAGAACAUCAUGGAGCAGUUCAACCCGUGCCUACGCAACUUCAUAGCCAUGGCGAAGAGCUACGAGAAGGCGCUCACCAGUGUCACAUAUGCUGCAAAGGGCUACUUCGACGCUCUGGUGCGGAUGGGCGAGAUGGCCAGCGAAAGUCAAGGCUCUAAGGAUCUUGGGGAUGUGCUCUUUCAGAUGGCUGAAGUGCACAGACAGAUCCAGAUCCAGCUUGAGGAGAUGCUGAAGUCUUUCCACAACGAGCUCCUCACAGAGCUGGAGAAGAAGGUGGAGCUGGACGCGCGCUACCUGAACGCGGCGCUGAAGAAGUACCAGAUGGAGCACAAGAGCAAAGGGGAGAGUCUGGAGAAAUGCCAGGCGGAGCUGAAGAAGCUGCGCAGGAAGAGCCAGAGCAGCAAGCACCCCUCCAAGUAUGGAGAUAAGGAAAUGCAGUAUGUGGAGGCCAUCAGCAACAAGCAGAGCGAGCUGGACAGCUACAUCGCCGAGGGCUACAAGAACGCUCUGUCUGAGGAGCGGAGGAGGUACUGCUUCCUGGUGGACCGUCAGUGCGCCGUGGCCAAGAACAGCAGCGCCUACCACAACAAGGGCAAGGAGCUUUUGUCCCAGAAGAUCCCCGUGUGGCAGCAGGUGUGCGCCGAACCGACCAAGCUGCCGGAUCGGGCCAUGUUCCUGGCACAGCAGAUGAGCGGCGCGGCGGGCGGCGUGCCUCCCGGCGCCCUCCACCCCUGCAUCUCUGAGCCCAUCUCUGGCGCCAAACCUCUGCCCAUGCCUCCAGAGCUGGCAGCCCUGCGGGCCGGCGCCACCAUGGGCCAGCAGCGGCUGAUGGACGGAGCGAUGCCGGUGAUGAACGGAGCAGCAGGUGGAGAGGACUACCAGCAGUGGAUGGAGAGCAAGUUGCCGCAGGGCAAAGCCUCCCCGCAGCCUCAGCGGCACGGAGCGGAGGUUUACUCCAACACCCUGCCUGUGCGCAAGGCCGCCCCCACAAAGAGCAAGACCCCCCAACUGGAGACUCGCACGCUGCCCCGCUCCAGCUCCAUGGCUGCAGGUCUGGAAAGGAACGGCAGAACCCGAGUCCAGGCCGUCUUCUCCCACGCCGCCGGAGACAACAGCACGCUGCUGAGCUUCGCCGAGGGCGACGUCAUCACCCUGCUGGUGCCCGAGGCGCGAGACGGCUGGCAUUACGGCGAGAACGAGAAGACGAGGAUGCGGGGCUGGUUUCCCUUCUCCUACACCCGGCUGGUCUCCGAGAGCAGCGGCGACACCAUGAGGCAGCUUCGAGUCCACAACCUCCACCAUGGGAAAAGCAGCAGCACAGGGAACCUUCUGGAGAGAGAGGACAUGCCUCUGCCCGGCCCCGAUUACGGCACUCACACUCGAAUGUCUGCACAAAGCACCGCCACGCUGCACAGGCAACAGCGUCCCUACAGCGUCGCGGUGCCAGGCUUCCCGCAGGGAGUUGAAGAGUACGAGCCUCGCUUCCCCACCAGUUCCUCAGAGGUCAAAUUGAUUUCCACAGUGUGAGACGAUGCGAUAGGACAGGCUCCUUCCUCUCUCUUCCCCCCCCCUCUUUUCCUGCCUCCUGCUUGUGGCAAUAAACUCCUCUCGAGUCCGAGGAAGAGACGCGGGUGUGUCCGUCACCCUCCUUUCAUCUCUUCCUCCGUCGCCAUCCCUCGAGUCGUCUGUCUGACCUCACGACCAAACCAGAACAGACUUUGUGCCGUAAAUAUUUCCAGUCCACGUGACGGACGUUUUCUCUGAGGAAAAUGGGGCUUUUUUUUUUUUUUCUCGCCUUUCACGCAUGUACAUGUACUUUUGUAUAAGUGAGGGGUUGAAACUUCCGCGCCCUAUUUCCACUAAUGUCAGUGCUCUCCAUUGGAAUGACGGCGUGAAGGAAAAGAAAGCUGUUGAUCCCAAAGAGGAUUUUCAAACUGUAAAAACAUAAUAGUUUUUAAUUUUACUGGAUUUUUCAGUAUUGAAUUAUUUCUGCCUUUUCAUGCUGUGAAGUUUUGUAUUCCUCUGACACAAGAGGUCCUGUAAAUGUUUUAACCAAGAAAACUGAAUGUUUACUGUACAUACAAAAAGUGCUUGUCACCCAGUAUCUUAUUAUAUGUUCAUGGAAGAAGAAGAAGAAAAAAAACCCCGCACUUUAUGAAACUAAUAAUCUCUGUUUGUAACUUUGUGUAUGAAAACAACCUGGAAGCGUCUCGGUAUCAGUCUGUGAACUUGGACUCUGUGCUCCAACACACUCAAACACAGGUGCUUCUGUCCAUGCUGUGCUGCGGUAGAGUCCAGCGACGAUGAGCUCUUUUUAUUUUUUCACAUUUUAUUUCUUUUUGCAUUUUCCGUAGUUAAAAAAACGAAACAAACAAAAAAACAAAAACAGUACAGAUGUUUGGACCACGAUCUCACAUCUACACAUACUGAAGUUAGGAAGUGGGCGAUAAUUCCCAUUCACAAGGCGAUGCGUAAUCCAGAUUAAAUGAAGAUAAAUUGUCAUGCCAACACUUUAAAUGACUCUCUUUGUAACACCUGCUGAUGAGGUGAUUUAGUUCCCAUCAUUCCUGCUUCAUUAACCAACAAACAUGACUUUUAAAUCGCAACAUGCUGCCGUCAUUCCAGCACAUUUAAAGCUUUCCAUAUCAUUGACCACUGGUUGGGAAACUGGUUGGGCGUCGAACUCAUUUCAAGAGCAUUGAUGUUCUCAAUGAAUCUGUUGUGCCAGAAUGUAUUAAUAAAACUCAUUAACAAACUGUUAAAAUGGUAAUAAAUAGCUAUGACUGCAUACCUGACACUGAACAUCUUUCCAUUGAUCAGUACCUCCAGGAUUUUAUGACUUUUAUUUCUUCUUUUUUUUUGUGGCAAUCUAAAUCUGUUUUGUGGAGUUAACUUAGAAAUGAUUGGAAGAAUUUUUUUCUAUAUUUAUUCCACAUCAAUCACUGAUUUACCAAGUGUAGUAAAAACAUGGAAUACUGCCACCUGCAGGUUGGAGUUGGCAUAACUUUAAGCCAAUGAUUUUUACCUUCUUUUUCUUUUCAGAAAGUUUGUAAUAAACUCACAAUUAUGGAUUAGCGUCAAAAAAAAAAAAAGAAAAAUGCUGGAAUCCGUUGACUUUGUGUGAAUUUCCACAACAUAAUCACAAAAAACUGGAGGGACUGAUUGAUGUAAUUUGGCAGCAUACAGAUAAAAAACAGUUUUAAUGUGUUUUGUUUGGAUUUUAUAUGAUUAAUCAACACAAGAAAGUACAUCACUAAACGAAUGAAGUGGCAGAAAACUGUAACGUGAAUUAAAUUUAGAAAUAUCAUUUUUUUUUUCCCCACAGUAAUUCUUUACUUUGUCUUGGUCAAUCACUUACAAUCUCAAUUAAAUAAAUUUAAAUGUGUGUUUAAUGUUUGUUUAACACAAUGUUUAACACGAUGUGAAAAGUACAAGAUGUAUGAAUACUUUUGAACCGUCACAAUUGAUGCGCAGAAAUUUUUUUAUACAACUUUUAAUUUAUAGGAAACAGACAACAACUCAAGACAUGCAGAGAUUUUACAGCUCAUGAGGAGUCAUAUUUAGAAAAACUUAAAUCCGAAUGAAAUGUACAAAACUAAACAUGUUUUUGUUCUUGCAUAUUUCUACACGGUGCCUCCACUGUAGACUAUAUGGCUUAAUGGAAGCUUUUAAACGCAACAUUGUCGAAGAAAUAUGCAGGUGACGUUUUGGAUUCUAAUGGAGCCACAGAAACUGAGAGGUUUCGGUUUCGGUUUGCGCAGCGACUGAAAGCUGAGUUACAGCUGCCUGGAAAGCUGUUUGAUUUCCUGUGUUUGUCCUUCAUGUUCUGCUUUAACUCCCAACUAAAACCUCAGCGGGUCAAACAGCGUCGCAUUUUAAGACGAGCGUCGUCUGUUCGGCCUGGUUUUGUUUUCCUGUGUCGGCGCAGUUGAUCCCCGUCUCACCGGCUGCCCCUUCUGGUGUUUGUUGCUAGAAACUGCUGACUUCGGAAAUUUAUGAGGGUUUUAACAUUUGUAGAGAGAUGAAAAUGGUGAAAUUAAAAGAAAAACAAUCACAUGGCUUGAGAUGAUUAAAUAUUUUUCAAGGAAGUGAAACAUUAAUUUGGAUCUGCAUCAGAUCUUGGUUCAGAUUUUUUAUAUUUUUUUUUAUCAUUAUUGUUAUUUUACUAUUAUUUUUUUUGCACAGUGCAGUAGAAGCUUUGUCCCAAAUGUCCUCCCUCAACGUUUCCAACCUGCUUUCUGCCGUUUCUUGAUCUAUUCUGAUGCGUUUAUUCGAGAGUAGGUGACAGGAAGCUGCCAAUUUUUCUUCUUUUCUCCACUAAAAUAAUUAAAACUACGACUGCAGAUUGCUCAGCACUCACAUCUGUCCACCGACUGAGGGGUUCUGGUGCAAAAGAAUGAAAACAUUUUGUACAGAGGAUUUCUGGGAUAUGCAUGCGCUGAGGCAGCAAGAAGUAUAAAGAUUGAUGACCUCAAAUGUUUGAAUUUCUACUAUACAAAAAUUAUCAAAUAAAUUUCUUCAUAUGGACAUUCCUCUUGCUUC